AUGUGGAAAAACCGCGCUAAAAUUAUGCAGUGUUUUGAAUCAAAAUCCCUGAAAAUAAAGAAAAAUCGUAAUCCAACUCAUCAAGAUAUUGAAAAUGUACUUCUAGUGUGGUUUAAAGCACAGAGAAGCCAAAAUGUACCUAUAAGCGGUCCUCUUUUGCAAGAGAAAGCUAAUCAUUUUGCCAGACAGCUUGGGAAAAUAGACUUUAAAUGUUCAGAAAGCUGGAUUUACAGAUUUAGACAACGUCAUGAUAUAGUGGUCGGUAAAGUUUGUGGAGAAGCCGCUAGUGUAUCGCAAAACGACUGUGAUAAUUGGUUGAGAACAGUUUUAAAAAAAUUAACUGAAGGAUAUACCGACAGUCAAAUAUGGAACGCUGAUGAGACAGGAUUAUUUUUUAAAUUGACUCCCGAUAGAACGCUAAAAUUCAAAGGAGAAAAAUGUACAGGAGGGAAACUAUCAAAAGAUAGAAUAACGGUGCUUGUUGCUUCAAGUAUGGAAGGUGAAAAACGUAAAUUGCUGGUUACGAAGCCAACAAAAAGGCGUGGAUGA